GAGACAUACUUUGGAGUUGUCAACACACUUUCUCUCGCUUUCCUUAAUUAUUAGAUGGAUUCCGAGGACGAUAUGCACGACGCCCACGACGUCGAAUCCGACGACGACGGUUUCUACAGCGACGCCGCCUCCGACUACAAUUCACACGACGACGAUGACGACGACGAUUACGUCAUCGAGGAAGAUGAAGACGGCAUCAACAUGAUCCAGGCCCGCCGCCCUGAGAAUAAUUAUAUUGUCUUGAAGGAGGCAGACAUAAAGGAGCGCCAGGAAAAUGAUAUUUCAAGUGUAUGUUCUGUGCUUUCCAUAUCAAGAGCCGCUUCAACCAUUUUGCUUCGCUACUAUAACUGGAAUGUCAGUGAAGUGCAUGAAGCAUGGUUUGCAGAUGAAGAGAAAGUCCGGAAAACUGUUGGCUUGUUACCUGAAUCAGUUAUUCAGUUUCCGAAGUCAAGAGAACUGAUGUGUGGGAUCUGUUUUGAAGCCUUUCCACCUAGUAGGCUAAAAUCUGCUGCUUGUGGUCAUCCUUUCUGUUUUGAAUGUUGGCAAGGUUACAUUAAAUCAUCCAUCAAUGAUGGUCCUGGAUGUUUGAUGCUGAGAUGUCCAGAUCCAUCUUGUGGUGCUGCUGUUGGUCAAGACAUGAUUAAUAUGUUUGCCUGUGAUGAUGAUAAGCGAAAGUACUCAAAGUACCUACUUAGGUCUUUUGUUGAAGACAACAAGAAGACCAAGUGGUGUCCGGCUCCGGGGUGUGAGCAUGCUGUAAAUUAUGUUGGAGAUAAUGAAAAUUAUGAUGUUUCUUGCUUCUGUUCAUAUGACUUUUGCUGGAGUUGUACGGAGGAAACCCAUCGUCCGGUGGACUGUAACACUGUAAGGUUGUGGAUUUUGAAGAACAGUGCAGAGUCUGAAAACAUGAACUGGAUAUUAGCCAAUUCCAAGCCAUGUCCAAAGUGCAAGCGACCGAUUGAAAAGAACCAAGGUUGUAUGCACAUGACAUGCUCACCAGCUUGUAAAUUUGAGUUUUGCUGGCUGUGCCUUGGUGCAUGGUCAGACCAUGGGGAGAGGACAGGUGGUUUCUAUGCUUGUAAUCGCUAUGAGGCAGCUAAACAAGAGGGAGUUUAUGAUGAAGCUGAGAGAAGAAGAGAAAUGGCGAAGAAUUCUUUGGAGAGAUACACUCAUUAUUAUGAACGUUGGGCAAGCAAUCAAUCGUCAAGGCAGAAAGCUCUUGUUGAUUUACAUCAAAUGCAAACUGUCAAUAUGGAGAAGCUGAGCGAGAUACAAUGUCAACCUGAGUCACAGCUCAAGUUCCUAUCUGAUGCCUGGCAACAGAUUGUUGAAUGUAGGAGAGUGCUGAAAUGGACUUAUGCGUAUGGAUACUACCUAACUGGACAUGAAAAUGCUAAGAAGCAGUUUUUUGAGUACUUGCAAGGUGAGGCUGAAUCUGGGCUGGAAAGGCUUCAUCAAUGUGCAGAAAAGGAGCUACUACCAUUCCUCAGCGCUGAUGGCCCUUCACAAGAAUUCAUUGAUUUCCAUACAAAACUAGCAGGACUGACCGCGGUGACUAAAUCCUACUUUGAGAAUCUGGUGAGGGCGCUGGAGAAUCACCUAUCAGACGUGGACUGUCACCAAGCUAGCAAUCCGGCAACAAGCUCAAAAAAUGAAACCAGCAAAGGAAAAAGUGGCAGAGGAAAGGAAACUGAUCGAGCGGGUGGCUCCAGCAGAAAGUAAUCACUUUAAUUAUGCCAAUGUCAAGUUGCCACCUCACGCAGUGUGCUACCAUCAUUAGUGAGUAUGCCAAACCUCUUAUUUUGUGGCAACUCGGACUGGGAUAGACUAUGGACAAUAAGGGGGACUCCUGGUGUGAGAACAUAAAGGGAAGAAUAUGACAGUCUAUGGAAAAACAAAUGCCUGUUGUGUAUUCUUAUCGUUGGUUGAAACUUGGUGUGCUUCCUUGUACAGAUGGAUGUUAUAGGACCUACAAUUCCUAUUGAUACUGAUUAUAUAUACAUAUAUAUAAAUUUAGAUG